AUGUAUCAACGAUGUGGUAGUAAUGGAUCUAUUCAAAACAUACAUCAAACACCUUCAUCUUCUAACCAGAACACAGAAGAUGAAGAUGACAGUGGAGACAACAAGGCGUCCGCACUCAGCUUUAAGGAAAGGAGGAGAGAGGCUCAUACCCAAGCAGAACAGAAGAGAAGAGAUGCAAUAAAAAAGGGCUACGAUUCGCUCCAGGAGUUGGUCCCCACCUGCCAACAAACAGAUGCAUCUGGAUAUAAGCCUAGUAAAGCAGCCGUUCUUCAAAAAUCAAUAGACUAUAUCCAGUACUUACUUCAACAACGCAGACGCCAAGAGGAAGAACGUAAUGCACUUCGUAAAGACGUGGUCGCACUUCGUAUCAUGCAGGCAAACUAUGAACAGAUCGUCAAAGCGCAGCACUCAGUACCGGGCCAUAACGAACAGAGGCUUACGGAUCAGGAUAAGUUUCAAGUUUUUCAGGGCAUAAUGGAUAAACUAUUCGAGUCAUUUGAGUCGGUUCCCACGAAUAACUUCGCAGAGUUCUCAGCGGGUGUGUUCAACUGGCUCGAAGAGUACUGCAAACCUCAGUCACUUAGAACCAUGGUCCACGGUGUACUGAGGGAACAGAACUACACACCAUAG